GAGAUUCGUACAUCGAUCGAUCUCUUGGCAGUAUGUAGACUACGCCGCUCUGGAGGGGCUUGGAGAAUGUGGAUUGAAUUUGAUGAUCAACGCGGAGAUACGCAUACAGAGUCCGGAUUCAUGGAAAAGGAUGACGACAUGGCAAGUCUCUUUUGGCCCAAGUUUAAGAGGGGCCUGUUGGAGUAGUCCUCGACGUCACAGUACACGUGUAUAUACAGUUUUUAUAGGAAUUUUGGUUCUCUUUUUAUUACUCCGCCGUUUCUGCACUUGGGUUGAAACGCUUAUGGCAGCAAGGGAGUCACCACCUAAUUACCUUAUUACCUACCUUAUCUAUAUGUACCGAGGGUCUCGGACCGUUCCCCAAUCAAUGUUGAUUUGGGCCGAUGCAAGUAAUCCCCCAGAAGCCGCCGAAAGCGCCAUCCCGGUGAGGGGCGAUGCGAGGGAGUAGUCCCAACGAUUUGACGUUGGAACUGAUGUUCA